UACUAGCCUGUGGGAUAAAAUCAUUAAUAAUGUGCACCGAAGCUAUCAUGAGGGACAUGGAAUAUGCAUUAGGUAAUACAAACAUGGUAAUCAAUAAGUUUGUUUACAUUGCGUUUUUACAUCAAAGUUACGAGUAUUCACUUAUUUCUUAUUUGGCAAAUAGUUACGAAGUACCUACCUAUCAAUGAUUUCGUUAUUUUACUGAAUAAAUCAAACGUUCGUCGCUAAUAGACGUGUACAGUACACUAGUAAUGUUUUCUCUUUGUAUCUUAUCGGUUUUCAUGUAGCUUUGAUAUCCCUAAUUUUUUGGAGUCAUCAAGUCUGAAUUAAAUAAAUUAAAUUAAAUUUAAACUUCCCAAAUACCACGGUAAUAGGCGCCUUUACCUUACCUUCCUGUAUAUUUCUUUAUGGAAAAUAUUCUUACACUAAUGUCGUACGUAUACUAUAUUCGAUUAUUUUAGAAGGCAUUGAAAAUUAUGGACGAGCAGGUGAAUGACGUUAAUUUCAGCUGAAUGAUGACGAGUAACAAGGUAAACGGCGACGGACUCAGGUUGGCGACUCCUCUCGAUAACCUGUCAAAAUUUUCAUUGAAAUUUGUACUUAUUUGUCGAUAACCUGCUUCUAUUAUCGAUAACUUGCGGACCAAUUAUCUUAUUAUUAAGCGGAGCCAAACAUGUGAAGUGAUUCCAUUUCUUUGCACGCGAGUGUAAGUACCUGACGAUCCCCAACUAACAAGCGGUACCUACCUUACCUAGUAGGUAACCUAGAAAAAAUGUGAACAAAUAUAUACUUAUUGUACUGUUCAACAGUUGUUGCGGACCCAGACACUUCCGAAGUCGUAUUGAAGCACUCGAUGGAGAAAGGCUACGUGACUCAAUUCGUUCGCACGGUGAUCGGAAACGGCAGUAUAUUUGCUGCAGUGGACAUAUGGCGGCCGCGAAGAAAAAUUUUAGCCCCUAUCUUUAGUAUGAAGAAUCUAAACCAAUUUGUGAAAGUGUUCAAUAGACAAAGUAUGAUCAUGGCCGACAUGCUGGAGCCGAUGGCUGGAGGCGCAGGCUUCUCCGUGUGGAGACAUUUUAACACUUACACAUUCGAUUCAGUUUGUGAGACCACCCUGGGCAUUGAUUUAAACAGUCAAAAGAACCCAGAGCACAGCUUUCUCGUCGCCUUCGACUGGCUCUCGCAAGACGUGGCGAAGAGAAUGACGUCUCCGUGGCUGCAACCGGACUUCGUCUAUCAGCGGCUGCCGAAGUAUGAGAAGUUUGUCUACCACAGACAAAAUAUACAUAACUUUGUUGAUGAGAUAAUACAAAUGAAACGCAAAGAGCUUGAUGCGAUUCAGCGAGGAGAAAACAAAAUAAUCAGCGCAAGAACUUUCUUAGACAUGAUGAUAGAGUCAUCCGGUAACCUCGACCAGACAUAUUCCGACCUGGAGCUGCGUGAGGAGCUGAUGGUGAUCGUGAUGGCCGGCACCGACACCUCCGCCGUGGGCGCCUCCUUCGCCGCCGCCAUGCUAUCUCGGCAUCACCAGGUCCAGGAGAAACUACACCAAGAGUUAGAUAUGAUAUUCGGCGACUCGAACCGUGAUUUGACCGUGGAGGAUUUGCGAAAGCUGAAAUACAUGGAGGCGGUCAUCAAGGAAACUUUACGGCUGUACCCUCCGGUGCCCGUCACGGCGAGAGAAGUCACCAAUGACGUGACAUUACCUUCCGGCACAACCUUGGUGGACGGGGUGACUGUGAUACUGAACAUCUGGGCGACGCAUCGCAACCCUACCUUCUGGGGAGCUGAUGCGGAGCAGUUCAGCCCAGAGCGCUUCCUGGAGGGGCCGCUCAAGCACCCGGCGCAGUUCCAGCCCUUCUCGCUGUCCAUGAGAAACUGCCUUGGAUACAACUACGCCAUGAUGUCGAUGAAGACCAUGAUGGCCAACAUGCUGCGCCGUUACAGGAUAUUACCGCCUGCCCACAUGGACGAGCACAAGCUCAAGGAACCCUUGAGAGUCUCAUUCGAUAUCAUGAUGAGGGACAUGGAUAAUUAUGAAAUAAGGCUAGAGGGUAGGACAAAAAUAAGAUCUGCAAGGGAAUACGAAAUUUAAAUUGAUUCAAUGAGCAGAAAAAUCCGGGGUAUAUUCUGCUAAGUAUUGCUGCUCAAAAUGGAAAACAAUUAUAUUGUAGGGUCUGCGAUUUUUCAGAAAAGCAAAAUGUCUGUAUUUUACACGGCUAAUAAAGUAACCCAUAAUAAUUUUUGACAA